UCUAUUCUUUCUUGAAUUAUUGGCAUUAAGCAAUGGAACUUCAUCCUAAAUACCAAAUCGUCCUUGUCUGUGUUCUGCUCUUGCCUGCACUAUGCUUCUCCCAAGGCUACACAUACUCCAGAGCCACCUAUUAUAGUACCCCCGAUGGCUAUGGAACCUCAACUGGAGCUUGUGGAUAUGGCGAUUACGGCCGAACUGUAAACUAUGGGAUGGUUGCCGGCGUGUCUGGCUUAUGGAGAGGCGGCGCCGGAUGCGGUGCUUGCUACCAAGUGAGGUGCAAGGAUUCGAAAUUAUGCGAUUACAGCGGCCCAAUGAUAGUGACGACGGACUUCGGCGCCGGAGACAGAACAGACUUCAUUAUGAGUCUUAAUGGCUUCUUAAAACUGGGACGCGACGGAAAAGCAUCGCAAGAGCUCAAGAACCAGGGCGUCGUCGACGUCGAAUACAAAAGGGUGCCAUGCACAUUCGAUGGCUCCAACGUCAAGAUCAAAAUCCACGAGUCCAGCAAAUAUCCAAACUACCUCGCCAUCGCCAUUAUCUACGUUCCUGGAAUGAACGACGUCGUCGCCGUCGAGAUAUCCGAUAAUGAUGGCAAGGAUUGGAAGGCGAUGAGGAGAACAUUUGGGGCAGUGUUUGAUCUCCAGAACACGCCAAAAGGACCAUUCAAGCUGAGGGUGAAAUUCAGUGGGAGCUACGACUGGGUAGAGUCACCCAAGAAUGUUAUUCCUAGUUACUGGAAGAAUGGAGCUAUUUAUGACACUGGAAUCCAUGCCUAAGUCAUCAGAUCCUGCUUCGAUAAUAAUUAAGCGACAACGAACGUACAUCGUACGUAAUAUAUGUUUGGUCUUGUGAUGUCUUCUCAACAAAUAAAUGUACCGGAAUCAAUGAAUAAAACAAUAUACGUUUGCGUUUGAAUGUUAAUAAUUAAUUACUCAUAUGUGUCUGCGCUGGAAUGAAUAUAUUAAGGGUCCGAGGUGGUAUAUGAAUAAAGAAACCUCUUUGUUCUCCUAUUUAA